AUGUGCCACCCGCUGCUGCGCAGCUCUUGGCCCCAAAUUGCAUUUCCACUUUGUUCAAAUUCACCUUUUCAGGGGCCCGCUGCUGCUGCUGCUGCUGCUGUUGCUGCUGCUGCAUGCAGCGCUCUGCAGCAGCACCCCCAGUCAUUUUACCCGCAGCAGCACUGCAGCCCGCAGCAGCAGCCUGGGUACCUGCUGCGGCCCUUCUGUAGCGCCACAGGGGGCCGCUGGAAUCAGCACUGCCACCAACAGCAGCAGCAGCAGCAGCAGCAGCAGCAGCAUGGGCGGAAGGUGUGCGUAGAGUCUGUUCUCCGGGCCUUCAACCUCGAGGGUCUCGAGGCCCACAAAGCCUCUUGGGCACAGCUGGGCCUGCUGGGGGCCCUCAGGCUCUCUGGGGGGCCCCCCAGAGGGCCUGGGGGACCCCAGGGCCCCCAGGAGGCCCAGUGGGGGGCCCCCAGCCAGCAGUUCUAUGGGGGCCCCCGCCGAGAGCGUCUAAUAUUCCUGGUGGAGCAGCAAGAAGCAGCAAGACUGUGGGCAGCAGCUCUUGCUGCGCUGCAUGCAGCGGGGCUGCGCUUGCUGCUGGGAGUUGAUUUGGAGUGGAGUCCUGCUGCUGCUGCUGCGCAGCAGCAGCAGGCUGCUGCUGCUGCGCAGCAGCAGCAGCAGCAGCAAGCGGGGGCCACAGCAGCAGCAUCUCGAGUGGCGCUGUUGCAGCUCUGCGUAGAAAAGCAGCAGCAAGGAGAUGAGUGGCCCCCCUGCAGCGAAGCAGCAGCAGAGCCAACUCCCCUUCCAGCAGCAGCAGCAGCAGCAGCAGCAGCGUGUGCAUCUGCGGAAGCAGGAGCUUCUGCUGCUUCAGCAGCUGCUGCAGCAAACCAAAAUGCUGCGCUGCUGCAUGCAGCAGCAGCUGCUGCUGAUCUUGGCUUCGUGCUGCUGUUCGAUUUGGCUGAAGAGCCGCAGCAAAUCAUGGAGCAUCUCAAGCCGCUGCUGGAAGACCCCAAGCUGCCCAAAGUUGUAAACCCUAAACCCUAA